CUCUCGCUGCUCGAUCGGUGCCGCACAAGAGCAGGCGAUUAACUGGAGGACUUUGCCAAAAGCGGCCGCGACAAACGGGCAGAAUGAGCAGUGACUGACAAAUUACGCCUCAAUUUUCUGUCAAGUGCCCGGUGCACCCGCGAUCGCUCGCUCUGCUCGUGUAUAUAUAUAAAUACAAAUUGCUCACAUUCUCUGCACAAGCUGCCUGGCCCUGCGAGCUGCAAAUCUCGAGUGCGGGCAGGUGUAUGCGCCUGUCACACAGACACGCACACACACACACACGUAUACUGUAUAUAUAGAUACGUGCCCGCCACCGACACGUGCUAUCGCAGAGCGCAGACCUCAUCAUCGACAGUGCUUUGAACAGGGGCCAUUGCCCGAAACGUCGCCAAUAUAUUUAACUUUCAGGCCAAGGUUGAGAGUGGGGUUUUUUGUUUUUGCGCCGUUAAGUUUGCUUCGUUAACUCGCGACGCGCACAUUAUCUGGACGUGACCAGUCGUGCCUAGCCAGCCAGCCAGCCAGCCAGUCAAACUUUUGUUUUCUUCCCGUCGAGUUGUAAGACCGCCGUCGACAGCGGCUGGGUGAUCCAUUGGCGGUGGAUGCGCGCGUGAGAGUUGAAUGCGAGUCGUGGGCGUCCUCCGCUCGACGUCGUCGUCUUCGGCGUCGUCGACGUCGUCUUCAUCGCCCGCGUCCCCGCGUGGCGAGGAGGCGCGGCAUCCUCGCGGGGACUUCUCGGCACCCGGUGUCAUGAGCCACGGCUCAGCGCACGACCCCCGAGACUCAAUGACGCUGAGGAAGCUCAGGGUGAGGUCCGCGCGGAGCCACAGGGGCGUCAUGGAGCUCGCCGUCGCCGAAUCCGGCGAUCAGAGUCGGCGCGAAGUGGGGGGCCCGGCUGAGCCCCCGUCCCCGUCGCCCCCGUCACCGACCCCUCACCGGACCCCAGAGAGACACUCGUGCGCGCGCUGCGGGGCCCUCAUCCGGGACAAGAUCAUCCUCAAGGUGGGCUCCGACUGCUGGCACGGGCGCUGCCUGGAGUGCUCCGUGUGCCAGGCGCCCCUCGGAGGCCUGGACAGCUGCUACAUCCGUGAUAAGGCCGCGUACUGCAAGCCGGACUACUACAGGAGGUUCGGCGCGGCGUGCGCUCGCUGCGAGCGGCGCCUGGAGGCGAGCGACUGGGUGCGGCGCGCGCGCGGCCGCCUCUACCACCUGGCGUGCUUCGCGUGCGGCGCCUGCGGCAGGCAGCUCGCCACGGGCGAGGAGUUCGGGGUGCUUCGCGAGCGGCUUCUGUGCCGCUCGCACUACCAGGCGGCGCUGGAGCGCCUGGCCGGCGGCGCCGUGCACGUAGGGGGCUCUCUUUCGGAGGGGGGCCCCCCGAGCGACGGAGAGGCGCCCCCCAGCAAGCCGGCCAAGCGAGCCCGCACCAGCUUCACGGCCGAGCAGCUGCAGGUGAUGCAGGCCCAGUUCGCGCAGGACAACAACCCUGACGCGCAGACGCUGCAGAAGCUCGCGGACAUGACAGGUCUCAGUCGGAGGGUGAUCCAGGUGUGGUUCCAGAACUGCCGCGCGCGCCACAAGAAGCACAUCUCGCCGGGCCUCGGCAUGCCCCCGGGGCACCUCGCGCUCUCCGCUCCCGAGGAGGCGGCCUACACGCCCUACCUGAGCGCCGAGGGCACCAUCCUGGCCACCUACCUGCAAGGCACCAGCACGGCCACACUGCAAGCGCAGACUCACCUCUUCAUCACCAGCCCUCACCACGCGCCCCACCACUAAACAAGAGGGUCGCUCUGCGCGAGCGAGCGAGGAGGAGGGGCACCCGAGGGAUUGGCUCGAGGCCCGACUGUUUGCGUGGCUUCCUCCCGGCCCUGCUCCCCGGUCGCUCGACAAACGCCAGUCGCGAGCCCCCGGGGGGGGGGGCGCCUGCGACCCAGAGAGACUCUCAGCAGCUGCGCUCCUCCGAAGCAACUCGCGACGCGCCUCUCGCCCAGAAUCAUCAAUCGAUCGUUGUUUAAUCCUGGAGAAAUCCGGCGAGCCUAUGAGGCUCUUUGAUUAUUUUUGUUCACAGACGUCCAAGUUCAGGGGGCGGGUCAGAAAGUCAUCCGGCGGCGCGUCGCGGGCGUUCAUCCGUCGGGGUCGUACGAUGAGAGAAGAGGCGCGCUGAUUGCGAAUGCGGCGCAGUGCCGCGCGUGCGAUCUGUUCGUCGCGUAAACGGACGGCUUGCCCGCGACGCACGUACGCCGCAGGAGGGACGGACGCUACGACAUCGAACGGAUGGGCGCGGCUCGGUAGGUUUGCCGAUGCCAUGCGGAAGACGAAGACUCACCAUUGACGGCGAUAUCUUUGCCCACGUAGACCUCGCGGAGGAGGCCCAAGACUUUGCUUUCAGGAGGGUCCUGUGCAUGGAUUAUAGACCAACUCCUCUCUGAAUUUUAUUUCAGAAUUUGUGAAGAUUUCGGUUUUUUUUCUCUCAUUUCAAAAUACCGUGAGUGCUCAUGAGUCAGCCAGGCACGUGUCACAAAAGCGCAACACAUUUCGUCGAUAAUACUGUGGUCCUGAGAGGAACAAUCCAGAGAGUUGGUUGAUGCUUUGGGCAAUGGCCCUGUUUAAUCGCUUCUUUAUUGCCGUAUUGUUGUUCCCGCUGUUACGCUCAUUUACCCAGGAGAAGGCCCUCGUUAAGUCUCAAAAUAUUUUUCAGGAGGAUCUUGCAACGUUUUUUUCGCAGUAGCAAGGAAGGAGGGGGGGGGGGCGAUGUUCCAGCGGUGCGUGAUUCUGAUUUGAGCAAUUUGCUGGCACAUUUUCAGCAUUGAGACAUUGGCGAGUCUAUGUUGUCUCUGCUCGUGCCAACGCGGCAUCACGGAUACUAAACACCGCGCACGGGACAGGACAACUUCGCCUUUCCCUGUCGCUGCGCCGCGCAUCUGCGGAGGUCUUGAAAUCUUCGCUGCUCUGCCGAUUCGGACUGGAAGGCGAAGACUCGCUGUCGGCGUGGCCGUGCGACCGCCCCCUCGAAGCCGCACAGCCAAAGGGGGAUUCAUCGUCAUCGGCCGCACGCCAGCGCCCACGUUACUCUGCAAACGCCAGGCCUCCCACCGAGAGCCCGCUGGGUUCAAGCCCGGGGCUGGUGCGACGCGGCUACGGCGCGAUGCAUCAUAUGAUUGAAAAGCUGCACCGCGAAAAUCGUGCUCACGGACUUGAAUGAUCGCCUACUCGCUCUCCUCGGCCAAUCAAUGUUAUUCAGUUGGUUUUCUCUCACUCGCCGUCUCGCUCACUCAGCUAUGAACUCGUUCACUCGCGCAAUACCGAGAUUCCCUCCUGUAGCCUUGAUAGACUUUCGGAGGCAAGUGCUCUUGGCGAGCACCGCACACGAGGCGUUGGGUAUCCAGCACCACGCCCGGCCGCCUUUGUCUCCCGAGUGGCGAUGUUUUACACACCCCCACCAGGUACUCGUUUGAGGCAGAGUCGCCCUAGGGGAGGCCCAGGACCGGUUAGAUAGUCGUCACCGGUGUUGGCCAUGAGCGGGAAUCGAACUCGGGUGGCCGGGUUCGUAGUGCAGUGCACUGACCAACGCUCCACCGCUUCCCACGACCACUCGCUCACCCACUCGAUAUUUAUUUUUGCGAAAAUAUCGCCGAAUUUGAAUUACCCUUUGCAUUUCCUGACAACAACAACAAGACGUACUUUUUUAUUGUACAAAAGCACGGCAAUUAACGUUCUAAGUAAAUAUCCGUAACGCUUUAAAGUAGCAUUUUGCAAAAAAUAAAAUCCAGAGUAAUUGGCAGCAUGGUGGAUAUACGACCUCAUGAUUUUCAUAGCUCACUGAGUUAACUGGCUUAUUUAGUGCGAGAUUGACGGCGCGUGUGCAUUAUAUGCGUUACGGGUUGGUGUAAAGUUGCAACGAUUUAAACAAACCUACUUGGCUGGAGUCAAGUUCUCCUUGCAGAACGCUAAAAGUGAUCGUCAUGUGCACGUGAAGUCCGCCAAAAACAUAAGAAAAAAAACUACAAACAACGAAAUUGUGACAACAUCUACCGACCACGAACAACUGAAAUCGCGACAACCCUCGCAUCGUGAACGCUCCCCGGCGUGUCGUACCGCUCCGCGAGAAACGAUUUCACGGCCGCGCCACCGCCACGUCAAUCCGCGGUCAAAGAGGCCGGUGAUGCGAAGUGGCGUUGAAGCUCCCUCGCCUGUCGCGUCUGUGCAGAAUUUGGGCCGUGAUCAGCUGUGAAGACGGCGGUGACCGCACGCGCACCAACAACGCCUCCAAGACGACUCCGCUCGCUACAGCAAACGACGACGCCGUUGUUCUAACUUGUGGCGCUGCAUUGACACGAAGCAACCAACGACGGACGAUCGGGCCCGUUCGUCAACAAACCCUGCUCACGAGAGACAAGAAAGCAUGACGGGCGACGUUUCAGGCAACGGCCCUCCUCCAUCGCACGUCGCCUCUUGCAUCCUGUAUAUAUUUAUUUGUUUUUAAGGGCAGUGUUAUUUGACGAUCGUGUUGAGUUUUAUACUCGUUUUAGGGGAAAAAAAAGUUACCGUGCGUAUGUGUGUACAUUGAAUUUUUGCAGGAGCCUUGUUUUGUAUCGAACUAUUUAUUCAUCAUAGACGCGUAAGAUCGACCACCGAGGUCAAUGGCGACUUUUGGGGGUGGUUUGGAGCAGGGCACUGAUAGAACAGAGGUCUGGCCUGUCACAGACAAGUGUGCCACAGCACUCGACAAUCAACAACUCUCAAGUGUAACAUUGCAUCUAUGUCACACAAGUGAGUGGCUGCUGCUCUAUAAUGUCUGCUGGCAAAAUAACAGCACUGGCUUAACAGGCCUGACCUCUCUGAUGAGAUCCAGAGUUUGAUGGGCUUGAAACAAAUGCUGUCAAUGAGGAGUUGUCUGAAAGACUUAUUGAUUCAACGGUUUAAGGACUAUAACGUUUAGCUUUUAAUGGAGGCAGACUCUUGUCGAUAAUGAUCUGGCCAGAUGUCUCAGCGGUAGAGCAAGUGGCUUGUGAGUUCACAGCCUGGUCGGCGAAGGAUUGUCUGAGCCCAGCAUCCCUCACAAUGUCAUCUCGCGGCGUCAGGUCGAGCACGGCCUCUGGUGACAGCCACGACCAGGCUCUGCCAACCCACGCCCUGUCUCUCGCUGCCUCUCGUUGCUGGGUCAGUGUGCGAGGCCGGCCGUGUUCUUGAGGUCGUCAAGCCGCCUCCUCCGAAGUCGACUUCUCAUCCUGCCACCUUCUCCAUUCCCAAGCGAGGCCGAUUCCUCUGGGCCAGAGAUCAUCAAUACGUGUCCAAAGUUCAUUUAAAAAAAAAAAAAACGAGUACCAGUGGUUGUCCUGUGGAUAGCCUCGCCGCACCCCGCCACAGGAAUGAGACAUUUUCCACGAUUGGCCCAGGGCUGUAAACAGGAGAUGAGCGCCAAUGCCUGCGACGCUCGAUGGAAGCAGGAACCCACUCGAAACCUGUUUGACUCGUCCACAGCGUGCGGCACAUGGUGCUCAUAAUCACAUCGGCGAUCUUACGUGAAGCACAGUUAGGAAAACAAUAGUAUUUUGAGUGUCAUCGUUUUUGCAGCAUGUGCGUUGAAAAUAGCCAUACGAUGUCGGUGAAAAGCUACGUUAAGUUAUUAUUAAUAAAUUCCGUGUACAUCAGGUUGACGUUCAUAGCGCGCGUAGUGUUACCGUUCGUAAGCUGCAUUUUUGGCAGCUUCUGUGAGUGCCUGUCAUGUCCUUCCCUCUGCACCUCCGAUUAGCACGAUUGGCUACGUACGGUGCGGAAGAAAUUCAACAUACAUACAUACAAUCGAUCGGUGUGAAAUGUAUAUAACGUUCCAUAAUUCAGCGAUAGCGCCAGAGGGAAGCGGCGGACGGCACAGAACCAGACGAGUUGCGAUGGUCGCUGGAGAUUGAGAAUUUUGUUUUAUUAUUCAGGACUUGAAAGCGCCGAUUGUUGGAGGUUGACCGGACUUGAAAGGGGGCCGUGCCGUUCCAGGCCACUGGGGCCCCCCAAUGAAAAGGCUUCCGUUCCCGCUGGCUUCAGCCGAGCGGGUUUGACACACGGCAUGGCCCUCUCCGGGCGAGCAAGUUUGCGUGGCGGCCACAUUGGGUGGAUGACGAUGCUCGCGUCGGCUGCUAGUGUGUACACGUACGUACGUUGGGGAUUUCUUUCGCGCCAUACGUAGCCAAGCGUGCUUAUUGAAGGUGCCGCGGUGGGAGAGGGGGGGGAAGAAAAAAACUGUUAACUUUUCAAACGGGAGUUAUCUAGGUUGGCCGGUUUUCCAUAUUAGUGCCGAUCAAAUAAUGAAUCAUUCUUAAAAAUUGUAUUUCCACCACGCGACAAACUCUACUCACGGUACCUUCCGCCCCUGUGUUCAUCCACCGGCUGUCAAUCCCCACUGCGUGCGGGUCGACGUGGGGUCAAUCGACCACACUUAACCUCGCGCUCGUCAGUGUGGCUUGGUGAAGGUGGGACCCGUGCGGGGCCUGUAGCAUGAUGUUAUAAAGGUGCCCUGAAUAUAAAAAAACACGGAAAUAUUAAAACACAUUUUUUUACUUACAUAGUAAAGUCAUUUUAUUUGUUCAUUUGCUAUACAGCCAGACAAUACGACAAAUCGCUAACCUUAAACACUCGGUCGUUCGUAAAAGUUGAAGGCGGUAUAGUACUAUAGUGAUAGAGCAAGUGCAGAAUCACUGAACCGGAAUU